AUGGUCCGGAUCAAACACCGCUACCUCCUCUUCAACAUCCUCUACCCGUCCGCUCCCACGUCCUCCUCCUCCACACCGGGCCCCUCAGCACCACCAGCCCCGACACCACAAGAAGCAGCAACGACGCCGUCCUACAUCCUAUUUCUCCGCCCUUCGCCGGGCCACCUCACACCGGCUCUGCUGGUGACGCAUCUGCGCAACCAGAUCCAGACGCUGUUCGGCGACCACGGCCUGUCCGUGACGCAGUCGUCGCUGCGCCUGGUGUAUUUCUCGCCCUCGACCUCGACGGGGAUCCUGCGCGUGCCCCGCGCGCAUUUCCGUCUGGUGUGGGCGAGCCUGACUUUCCUCACGAACAUACCCCCUCCCUCCUUCUCUCGGUCUGCCGGCGGUGGCGGGGCAGGAAGGAGGACGGGAGGAGCAGGAGGAAGAGACGUCGAUGCUACGGCGCGUCAGGAGCUGGCGUGUGUGGUUCGAGUGGUCAGGGUGAGUGGGACGAUCAGGAAGAGCGAGGAGGAGCUUCUCAGACGCGCGAGGAGAGAGGUCGUCCGGGCGAAGCUGCAGGGUCGAGCUCCAGGUGAGGAAGGCGAUGAUACGGUUCUGGACGGGAUGUUUGCUGGACCGACCGGGAAGAAACAGCUAAAGGGGAAAGGGAAGAUGAAUCCCGGUGGAUUCAUGGACGGAGAAGAAGACAGCAUUAUGGAUUUUGAUGAUGAGGAUGAGGAUGACUUUGACAAUGAUUCUGGCUGA